AAAUUAAUUCGAAAUAAUAAACAUAACAAUUAUUUAAACAAUUGAACAUGGAUGUAACACCUAAAUUGCAACGAAAAGCUUCGUUGUCUCUAUCAACGCGCCUGAAUCACAAAAGGCACAGCGCAUCACCACAAAAUCGCUUAAAAACCUCAACAUCGAAUAGUGGCAUAAAUUCACGAGACUUUAACACCAAUUGUGAAACUUUGCAGCGUUCUCCCUCUGUGAUAUCAAUUUGUUCCGAUGGUGGCAUCGAAUGUACUCCACCACAUAAGAAAAUGAUGAUGAAUUUGGAUGACAGCCUAGACUAUUCACCAAAAGUUUUCGAUAGCAGUUUUUCACCAACUUGCCUACUUUCACAAACCUUGGCCAUAGACAGUCCAGAGGUUGGAUGGAAAUGGAGUCGUCAUACUUCCAAUGGUGCUGGAGGUCCAAGGUGUGCAAUGGAGGACAAUUCAACUCGUACACCGGACUCAGCGUAUGCAGCAGACAGCAGUUUUGCUUCAGCGGGUUCCAGUAGUACGGAAGUGGGCAAUUUCCGUACACGAGGAGACUAUCAACAACGAAUUAUCUACGAUGGCCGUAGGGAGGAUCAGCGAAAACUUUUCGAACACGAAUUGCGACGAGUUGAAAAGUCCCGUGCAGAGGAAAAGUUAAAACAGCGUUGUGCAAAACUUCAGGAACAAUUAAAAAGCGCUGGCACGCUAUCAUCCAAAAUUAAGAGUCAAAAUAACAAGGAUAACUCAAAAACGACGUAUAACUGCAGUUCUGUAAAUUAUAUUGACAUGAAGAAUCAAUCAAAUACUUCCACAUCAACAGAGAUAGCAGUGAAAAUCAAUACACCAGAACAAAAUAAUAAACCGGAACUUUUAAAUGAUUUCUUCAAUGACUCUGAUUCAGAUUGUUUUUUGCUUGAAGCUACACAGGAAAUAGAAUCCAAAAUGAAAGCUAAAACACAACCGACCUUCAUAAAUUUUGCAAAUACUACACCGAAAUCGUCUACUUCAUCAGAAUGCACUUCCAUACCUCAUGCAAAUUCAGCUCCUGCCGCUACCACUACACCACCUCCCAACAAUGCUGUUGAGUCUAAUACAGAUUUAUCAUCUUGUUCGAACAGUACAAAUAAAGAAAAACGGUCCUCAUUCUACAUGAAGUUUCUGGAAGAUGACUGUCCUGACGACUGGUUUGUAUCGCUCGAUGAGGUCGUUUUACAAGCUACGCAGACCAAGAAACCUCGCACAUCCUUACAGCGAUAUAAAUCAAUGCCCGCUGAAACGGCUACAAAGGCCAAUGUAUCGUUAAAUAAAAAGGAUAGCAAUGAUAAUUGCAUAAUGAACACAAAAACAAAUUCUUCAAAAUGGACAACUUCAGAAGAUGCGGCAGCGUCCUCAUUAACUAUUUCUAAAAUGAAGCGACAUUCGAGUACACAUACUUUGAGUCCUGCUGGUACAAGCUAUCGAAGUCGAAGACAGCUAUGAACAAUUUUCAAAGUACAUCACUGAAAUACUCCAGUUAAAAUAACAACUAAAUGUAAUCCAGUCAUAUAAAUUCAGAAGCCUUAUUGCUAACACUCAAACAUUCUUCAUUCUUCUUAUAUUCAUAAAAUAAUCGUUUUGUUAUACAUACAUUUAGUUUUUAAGUUAUAUAUACAUAAAUAUUAAAACAAACAUGUUAUCAUUAAUUAAUUUUCUUUAUUACCUAUUUUUUUUAUGAAAUACCAGCCAUUAUUAAAUUAAAUAUAAAUAAAAGCAGGAUUUGAU